GGCCGCGAGAGAUGAGGGAAGGUUCUGGGGAAGAGGGAGCGAGUAGGAGCAGGAGGAGGAGAAGAAGGAGGAGGAGGAGGGUGAAGGGGAAGGCCUCAGUGUCCGGAUCGCGCCCGUUCCUGCCACCGGUGUCUCGCCGAUAACCGAGAGAGAGAGAGUUAGAGUUAGGGGGAGGGGAGAAAAACAACAACAUCCUCAAAAACAAACAAAUCCUGAGAGAAAAUACUGAAAAGGGACUGUUUUGAGAAAGGUUCCCCUUUGACGCAGCGAUGGGCCUGAGGGAGAGCGGUGGUGCCCGGGGCUCGGUGCCUCACAUCGGCCGCAGUUUGUCUUCACUCGGAAACCUGGAGAGCUGAAGGUGGCUGGCCCCGGGACUCAGGGAGAGAGACACACAGGGGGGGUGGGGGUGUGUGCUCCGGCACCGAGUCCCGUCUCUCUCCAUGCGGCAGCGCUGACUGCUGACCUUUUUUCUUUUCAUUGUUGUGGGUUUUGUGUUUUUACUUUGGGGGGGGGGGGGGGUUCGUCGCUGCUGUUUUCUUUUGUUUCUCCCUCCGUCCGGCCCCCAAGGCCCUGACACGGGGCCCUCCCCGUCCCUCCGUGCUCCGAUGGCACUAUGUUACCAGUACCAGCUCCCGGUGCUGCCUCUCGACAGGCCGGUGCCCAAACACGUCCUGAGCCGCAGAGGCGCCAUCAGCUUCAGCUCCAGUUCGUCCUUGUUCGGCUGCGCUAACCCCAGGGUCCUGUCCCAGACCUUCACAAACUCUUCUAACCUUUGGAUUCCUUCAUCUGGGUGGGAAGAACGAUUUCUUGAGAGACGAGGAGCCAUUUCCUAUGAAAGCUCAGAUCAAACUGCGCUGUACAUUCGUAUGUUAGGGGAUGUACGAGUAAGGAGCCGGGCAGGAUUUCAACCUGAAAGAAGAGAUUCUCAUCCCUAUGUUGAUUUUCGCCUUUUGCACUUAUCACCAGAACCUGGAGAAUUGGCUUCAGCAAGGAAGAUCAGAAGGUUGCUUAGUUUUCAAAGAUAUUUUCGAUCUGCUCAUUUAUUUUGUGGUGUUUCUCCUCUAAACUCUCUCAGCUUUCUGGAUGAUAAUUACAAUGGCCAAGCCAUGCGCAUGCUAGAAAAGGAUGGAAAUUGGAAUUUUGACAUCUUUCUUUUUGACAGAUUAACAAAUGGAAAUAGUCUGGUUACUUUGACCUUCCAUUUGUUUAAAUACCAUGGACUUAUUGAGCAUUUCCACUUGGAUUCGGUUAAAUUGCGUCGGUUUUUAGUAAUGGUCCAGGAGGAUUACCACCGUAACAACCCUUAUCACAAUGCGGUACAUGCUGCUGAUGUAACUCAAGCCAUGCAUUGUUUCCUAAAGGAAACUAAGAUUGCCACCUCUUUUUCUCCAUGGGAUGUUCUACUGGGUUUGCUGGCAGCUAUGACACAUGAUAUGGAUCACCCUGGUGUUAACCAACCUUUCCUCAUUAAAACUAAUCAUUACCUAGCAAGUUUAUAUAAGAAUAUCUCGGUGUUAGAAAACCAUCAUUGGAGGUCAGCAGUGUGCGUACUCCAGGAAUCCAAAUUAUUUUCACAUCUUGCAGUUGAGGAAAUCUAUCAAAUGGAAAGCCAGUUGGGAUCCCUGAUUCUAGCCACAGACAUAACCCGCCAAAAUGAGUUUCUGACGCAGUUCCGAACUCACUUGGACAGGAGUGACUUGUGUUUAGAUGAAGCAGGUCAUCGACAUUUCAUGCUUCAGUCAGGGUGCCAACAUCCUCCACCCCUACCCCAGCAGAAGUGUUAUCUGUGUGGCGUUCAGUCACAGGAGAAUAGCUGGAUGAAAUCACAUGUCAUCAGGUCAAAGAAGGCCAAGAUAGCAUUGAAAUGUGCAGAUAUCAGUAACCCAUGCCGGCCUUGGGAACUGAGUAAGCAAUGGAGUGAAAAGGUAACCCAGGAAUUCUUCCAUCAAGGGGAUAUUGAAAGGAAGCAUAAACUAGAUAUAAGUCAGUUGUGUGACCGCCAUACAGAAACUGUAGCCAAUAUUCAAAUAGGUUUCAUCACUUACGUAGCGAAACCUCUUUUUGUGGAAUGGUCUCGAUUCUCCAACACAACACUGUCACAGACCAUGCUUGGACACCUUAGCUUGAAUAAUGCUAGCUGGAAAGGAUUACUGCAGGAACAGUCCCAAGGUGGAGAUGAUACUGAUUUUAUUUGAGCAGAAAUGGACUGAAUUAUUACCUCAGGAAAGCCACGAAUUAUUUUAUCCCACCCACCUAACUGGUUCCGUGAAGCGGACAAUUACUUUUCUGCCUCUUCAGUGGAAUGCAAAUGUGAUGAUGCUUUUGGUUGGGGGGGGAGGGGGAAGAACUGAGAUACAUUUGCAGGCUCUGACUGUCACAGUUGCAUGUGUAUCCGUGCCAAUGCUAAUGUAAUUCCAUGCUUUUUUCAAAGCAUCAUAUUGCUUCUUUGCCCCUUGCUAGGCCUGAACAUAAAGCAAUACACAAAUACCUCAGUUGGCUUUUGUGAGAUAUUGAGCACGUAAACUACAGUGGUGGCCAAACUGAAGGGAGUGAAGAAUGGAGGGUGACAGCGUCCCGGAAAGUGCCAUUUAUCAACGGUUAUUUUAAAUAUUUGUAAAACAGACUGAUAUUUAGAAUUUCUGCACUUGGGGUUUUCUGUGGUUUCUUUUUAUUUAGAUGGCUAAAAUAUGAACUUAGUGAAAAUCUUCUGAUGUUGGUACAAAGAAGAGCUUUUGCUCUCUUCCCACCAUUUUUGAGUGACUGAAUGCAUGCAAAGAAGCCAGUCCUUUUCUGCCUCAGAGAUUUGUUUACAAUGCUGUAUUUUUGAUACUUUUUGGUUCUGGUUCUUGCCUUGAAGCAUAGUGGAAAAGGAGCCACAAAAUUCAGAAAUGCUAUUUGGUAAGAAGAUAGAACAAAAUAAAUGCUGCAGCUCGAUUUUAUGUGAUGCCAUUUACGUUCCCAUGGAAGCCUCUCUUCUGCCAUGGUGUUCCUUUAGUGCACUGUGAAUCCAGCCUUCAUCUCUGACCACAACCAGCUUUACUUCAGCAAAUCUGGAAAAAGAGUGCUGCUGGCCUUUGCCUUUUUUGGGGGGGAGAUUUGAAGAAAUAGAAAAACAGAUUAGUGGGUGAAGCCAACGUGUGGUUUUCAUGCAUGAACUGCACUUAGUGAUAGUGGCAGUAAACUGUUACAAGGAUCAGCUCAGGAUUUUUGCCUGUGUUUCUGGAGCGUGUGAUCGUGGUACCUAAGAAUAAAUAUAUGCGAACAAAUACCACUUUCACCAUUUAGAUUUCUUCAAAAUGUGACAUCUGUGUAGCCAGAUUGAAGAAAAAUUCUUAACAUUGCUAUAGAUGCCUUAAAACUAUGCACAAAGCUAAGUGACCAAAUCUGUUUUUAUUUUGGAAAGUGCAUUGUUCCUCAAUCUUUUUGCGAGUGAAUUGUUACUCCCCUGUGGGCUUCGUUUGAUGUGAAAAGAUGAACCCUUUGUAGGAUAAAAUUACGGAUGUUAUUUUAAACUUCAAACAUUCCAUUUUGUAUUUUACAAUGUUUUAAGUAGUUGUUGAUUAUGUACAGUAAAGCAAAACUGUAUCUUAGGUUUGGCAUUUUCCAGUGAAACAAACUUGGUGCUUUUCUCUUUUUUUUAGUUAACUUGUAUUUCAGGACUGUUUAAAAGAAUUUUGUUUACAAUUUGUUGCAACAGCCAUCUUUGAGACGUGACGGCUUCAAUAUUAAGCUUAGGGACAUUACCAAGUUGUUGGUAGAGAUGCCAUAUUCAUAUUUUGAUAUGUGCCUGUUGCUGUUCAAAUUUUGAAUAAAAGAAUUGACAUACCUUUUGAA